AUGAAUAUAAUAAUCAGCCUUUACUCCAUGAGAGAAUCUCUCAGUAUAUCAAGAACGUGCCAUAAAACAGAAUGGCGUGCUACACAUAGUGCAAAAGGUAACAAACUCAGGGACAACUGUCACUAUUUUUUUGUUAAUGGAAAUAAAUGCAACGGAAUUGCGCUUCGUGACGACAGUUGCUCUCCUCUGGGUAACGCUUAUCAGAUACAGGCUGUUACUCCGUUCAAUCUCAUUGAAUAUGAAGAUUCUUUGAAUAAGAUAAAUGAGAUAGACUGCACUUAUGGGAAUAGACCGUUGGAAUCGGAGGUUUACGUGCCAUAUGACCAUUUACAAGAAGCCGCCUAUGAAGGAAGCUGCGCACUGGAAGUGGUCCUAACACAGAUUAAGCCAACCCUCAAAGAAAAAUGUGAACUUCUGUACAAUAAACACAAAUCAUUCGCACUUGAUAGAGGUUCAACUGAUAUGCAAAGUUGUAACUCCAAUGCCCUAAGGUCUAUUAAAUGUUUAUUAUACUGGGUCACUGGGAAAAUAUUAACACUUGUAAAGGUCUCUAGGGAUAGGUACGAUAUACAGACUGGAAUCCCUAUAGAAGAGGCAAACACUGAAAGAGAAAAAUGUAAUGAACUAGUGAAACACUUUGUAUCUGAUAUAUUAUCAAACUGGGAAGGUUCCACCAGUUCGAAAGCAAUAAAAUCAGAAACUACCAAGUAUCCAGUUUAUGAAGAUUGUAAAUCACCAGAAGAAUAUGCACGUAAAACUUGGUCUUAUUUCAAUGCUAAAAUUUUUAAAGAUGCACUACCAGACUUUUGGGAACUUGAAUUUAAGUGGUAUGAUAUAUUCAGUGAUAAGCCAAGAAGCAAGUAUGUAUCUGGAGAAUUAUUCGAUUAUUCAGAUGUGAAUCUUCUAGGCUUCCCUUCCAUUUUAUAUCCGAAAGAAUUAGGAACCUAUAAAUCUGCGUUUGGAAAUAUAAUUUUUCGUUCAAUGGUAAAGUUUUUUUGUGAUUUAUACUCAAAUAAAUUGGAAAACCUUGAUCAUUGUAAAGUUGUCAUCGAUGCAUUUAAAUUUGUGGAAUCAGAGCAAGCUUCGAACGAUGGAAUAAAUUUUACUGUAAUACAAAAACCAUUUGAGGUACUUGUAAAUUAUGAUCCAAGCACUAUAGCUGCAUAUAACGCAAUUAAUAGUCAUAUUAAUUACGAUAUGAAUGAUAAAAGGGCACUUGUUUUAGAUGUAACUCAUGUACCAUAUAUUAAAAACCCAAUAGAUUUUGAUAAUAUCUGCAAAGUAUUGGUUGAUACGGAUAAAAAGAGCAUUCUAGAGUUGUACAAUGAAUCUUUCGAUAUUUUAAUGCUUAAACAGCCUGAAAAUAUUCAAAGAUAUAGAAACAUAUGGAAAGAGGAACAAAAGGGUAAUAUCACAAUACCUUUGAUGGAACUAAAGAGGGCUCUAAUAUUUGGGGAUUUGGACGAAUUUGGAAAUAUUAUAUCCUAUGGAAUGAAUGAUCUAUUAAAAUUAAAACCUGUUCAGCUAAAUUUUGUUCAAAAUUCUAUAGUUACUCUUUGUGUUGAUUUCCUAAAUAAUCUUAGAUCAUUAGCGGCCUAUGAAUCUAAUUACAUGUUUAUAGAUACAAAUUCGCCAGUCUCUAAAAGUUUAGAACGGAUGAAUAAUUCUAUAGUUAACUGUGUCGCUUGUAUUUUGAAAGUAUAUGAAAAAUGUGUAGCGAAUAACGGUUUAUUUCCACUUGGAAACACAUUCUUGGGGACAAGUCCACUGGAAAGUUUGAUACCUUUUGAUGUAUACACUGCAGAGAAUGUGUCAACGAUAGAGGACUACGUAAGUACUUACGCAAAAGAGAUAUCCACCAUGAAAGGGGAUAAUCAAGAAAUUAAAUUCCCAGAAGAAUAUAUUAACGAUGCUGUAUCCCCUGAUAAUGUAUUAGCAUUAAAAUUUUUGGUAAACUACUAUAACUUUAAUUUAUUUGGUGGAAGGCUUCCUAUUGAUAUAAGCAUUAAAUUCAAAUGUGAAAGUAACAGUUAUUUAUCGUCUAACGAUGCGUCUCCUUCUAUUUUGAGAAUUCCAACUAUAUAUUUACAUCCUCUUAUCAAGGAAAAUAAAGUCUUAAUAUCUAGAUUAAUUCUCGAUGAGUGUUUUAAAAUAUUCUUAUACUGGACAAAUAAGUUUAAAUUUGAUGAAAUUGGUACGCAAACAACACUAGAAGAUAUUUUAGAAGGUAAUUUAGAGGAAAGACUUUUGGUGCACAUAUACAACCGUAUAGAAAGAUCUAAUUCCUGGCCAUUUCACUUCGACAACCUUCAGUUAGAAAUGAACCAUAAAAUUUCUACACCGGAAAGUAAUAGGUUUAUGGAUUCUGAAAGUGACAAUCUAAAUAAAAUAUUUAGAGAACUGUUUCACAAAGAUGUAGACAUCACAAAAGAAUUAACUAAAUUGGUAGAAAGAGAUGAUCCCUCAAAUCUAUGGGAAAAAAAUAUUGUACCAAUGCGUCACUUCAUCACAGCAUUAGAAUGUGGAGAUUAUGACCUGUCUUAUGCAUUAAUUGCUAAUCCAAGUUCAAUAUCAAAUGUUUCUCGACUUUCAAUUAGCGAUAUAAACAGACUUGAGAAUCUAUUUAAAGAUGUUUCAAAAUCAUACUUGCGCAAGAGUUAUUUAAGUUGGGACUAUGCUACUCAUAAAAAGAAAAUUAUAACAUAUUUUGAAAAUCUUAAGAUUAUUGAAUGCGCAUGUGAUGAACUGAGGGAAGAAGCUGUAAAGCAUGCGUUAAUAUCUGCACCGGACCUUAUUAUGGGAGUAUCAGACGUAACAAGCCAACUAGCAUACUCCCUUUCACAUAAGGAAGACAUAGAUGCAACGGUUAACUGUUCUGUCAAAGAGUUGGAAAAUAUAUAUUUGGAAUAUGAAAAACAAAACAAAAAAUAUUCAGAAGAAAAUGGAAACAAUUUGACGGGAUCAGAACCUUUCCAUGUUCUAUCAGAAGAUGAAAGAGCUACACUCGCACAACUUCUCUAUAAGUCAUAUAACGAGCAUCUUUUUGGGAACUCGUUACCUAAAACUCCAAAAAUUGAGUUUGUAGAUUAUAUAGACGAUCUUUCGCUCCUAAAAAUAGAUUAUUUUAGCGUUGAUGGAUUUAAGAUACUUAUUAACGAUGUUAUAAACGAAAUUAAAUUCUUGUGCUUACACAUUCUGAUACAGAUGAUACACAUAAACUACUUCUCUACGAGGCAUUGUGUAGAGGUAGACUCUCUUAAAACUCUCAAUUUCCCAUUUAAAAGUGCGUUCAACGCUGCUCAUCAAAACAAGACUAAAUUUCUAAAAGGUAAACUGCUUCCCAUAGCAAGGGAAAAACGUUUAAAGGCUAAAAAUUCCAAGGGUGAUCAUAACGAAGAAUUCAUUAAACUAGUACAGGAAAGUGUAAAUUAUAAAAUUAAGUCUAAAGAGGACAUAUUUUUGAUGGAGGUUGACGAAUUUGUAGAUGAGAUUCUAGUUGGUAGAGAAAAAAUACAUAAGAAGAAUAAGUUGUGCAAUCCAUUGGAAGAAUAUCACACUCUAAAAGUGUUUGCUACACACUUUAUGAGCUCUAAAUAUGUCACAUAUGAUACGAGUGUCGAAAAUUACGAUGAAAGUGUACUAAAAACAUUCCAUCCCACGGCAAUGAAAGAUGUCUGGAUUAGAAACAAGUUUGAGAUUAUUAGAAAUAUUCUCAGUAAAAAAGGCAUAAACAUACCAAAUGAUGAAUCUAGUGAUCAUAUGUGGUAUAAUCAUUUGGAUAAAAAACAACAGGAGCUGUUUGUUGAAUAUGUUACAAACAAAUCGGUUGGUGGUGAAGGCUUGUUCUUAAUUUUGACAAAAAGUGGAGCUUGUGAUAAGAAGGGAGCUUUUGAAAUUCUUAAAAAAAUAUUUAUUUCUGAGGCUUCUGAGGAAAUUGUACGAGAACAUGCAAAUCCUACAUCUACUGGCCUUUAUCCUGAAAAAGAUAAUAAUACAAAUGACCUAGUAGAUAAUACGGAUGUAUUAGGUGAAAAUGAAUUCUCAAAGGAAAUUUCAUGUAUAUUAGGUUCUGCGGACCCAAAAAUAGCUGAAUGUGCCACAAUUCUUUCGGAAAAACUGGUAAAAGAGGACUUUAUAGAGGCACGCAAUAUAAUAAACGCAUCGCAAUCUCCUUCAUAUCUUAUUGAGGUGGUCACCAAACUCAUAGAAACGAUAAAAAAAUAUAACAUGAUAGAUAAAAGAACGUAUGAUAAUAUGUUGACGUUUUUAUCCUAA